AUGGGAAAUUUUGAUGAUCACCUCCCAAUCCUUAUCUCCAACUAUCAAACCACAUUAUCCCAAGGACCCAAGAGAACCUCCACCGGUUUGAAAACAUCAUCUGUCAAUUCUCAACCACCAAGACAAAACUCUAGAAGCGGAUCUUUCACCAUAUUACGUGAGAUAUGA